UGUUUCCAGUCACACUGAAUUUUAAUUUUUAAUAUCUUUAAUCUGCAAAUCACGCCUCUGUCCUCAUACUCAAUUCAAGAGGUUAAAGCUGAAGGAAAGAUGACUGCUGAUAACGGUGGUGCUAAGGUUGAUCUAGGAGUUCUAGAGGAAGAUGACGAAUUCGAAGAAUUUCCCACAGACGAGUCUGGUGCAGGGAGUGGAGGAGAGGAGGAGAAGGAUACCCGUGUGUGGGAAGAUAACUGGGAUGAUGAUGCAGUAGAAGAUGAUUUCUCCAACCAGCUCAGGAAAAUGAGGGAAAGACAGUCCGCCCGAUCCCCACCGCCUCUUACUCCACCCCCCUCCAAAAAGAGAUGUGUCCAAACCACUCCUACCGCCGUUAGUAACGGACACUCCGCCGCUGAAAGUCCGACAGCGGAGCAAGAGCGGAGUAAUGGUGCCUCACCAACCCCCGCCUCCCCGUCCUCUCGAGGGCGACGAGGGAGGUCAACUACUCCGGUGGAAACACCGUCCACUCCGACAAGAACUAGUGCUAGGCUCAGGAAAAAGUAGAAAAUAGUUGAAUUGAAAAUCUGAGCUGUGAUAUAAUUAGUUCUCGUAUGCCAAGAGCCGAGCUUGAGAGUCAGGAGAAUAAAAUGUCCCACUGAAACCUCUCACCAACAAUCUUCAGACUAAAUAGAACAAAAUUUUAAUGUUAAAUGAUCAUGCAAAUAAAUAAAAUCGAUCAUAUUCAUUUGAUAAGUUCAAUCCGAUUCAACUGAUGCAUUUUUUGCGAAUCAGUUCAUUGAAUAUUCCGGAUUUUUAUUAACAUUGAAUACAUAAUUUUGUUUGGAUCAAAUAUUUUAUCAUAUUUUAUAAUAUAAGAUCAAGUCCAUCUGAAUCAUCCGAUACGUAUUUUAUCGGAUUAGUUCAAGUUUUCCAUUCGUAUUAUAAUAUAAGAUCAUAAGAUCAAGUCCAUCUGAAUCAUCCGAUACGUAUUUUACCCGAUCAUUUGUUUAUGUGAUUUUCUGAAUUUUCUGAUCAACUAUAAAUCAAUUCUAUGUAAUGAUGAUAAAUAAGCUCUUGAAUAUUUCCUGUAAAAAUGUUAAUAAACUUAUUUUGUGAAA